GAGAAUUGCCGCGUGGUGCUUCAAGAUCAGGAUCAAUCGAGUCAACACACCAUUGUUUACAUGUUGGUGGAGGGACCGAUACCUCUGCGUCCUGCUGUCAUUUCUUCAAGACGGAGGCCACACCACGCCGUGAUUAAUGAAGAAUGCUGGUGAUGGUAGCAUUCAGGAAGGUGAAGUCGGUGCUGCUGCUGCUGCUGACCCUGGUGCGCCGCUGCUUCUGCUGUCUGCGGAAGAGACGUUAUUCCGAGACUCACCUUCCCAUAGCCGUGUCCAUUGGCAGUGAGAGCAACCAUGGUGGAGAACUUACACAGCACCCUGAGGAGACCAUCAGUGGGUGGGAUUCCUGGGACGUCCCAUCCUCAGUGGUGAGUGACGGAGGGGGACGGUCGCAACACCAGCCACAAGUGUCGCUCCUCCAGCAGCAGAUCAACCAGUACAGACUCAACCAGCAGAGGAAGCUGCAGGAGCCAGAGCCAGAACCUGAGCCAGAACCCAAUUACUUUGAGGACCUUGCGCCGAGCAUAGAGAAGAAGCCGCAGGUUGUGAUACUGGAGCGUCCCGAGGAGGAACAGCAGGUGUCCAACAGGCUGUCUAUAUCCCUGUCUGAUCCCAUCCUGCAGUCCCCUGAGCUGGGUGAGUGGGACGACUCUGGGGGCGGAUGGGAAGAUGAAGCAGAGGAGGAGGACGACAUCGAUGCAGUCCUGCGGGAGAAGCGACAGCUGGAGAGGGAGAGGAGGAGACUGGAACAACAGAGGCGCAAGGCUGAGAAGGAGGCCCUGCGCUCAAACAAACUCUCUGCUUCCAAGAUUGCCACCAAGCUGUCCUAGGAGUCCUGCCGCUGUGCACCUGAUGGGAGGAUGGAGGGGAAGGAUGUAGUGCAGAGCUUGGCUGGAGGUUUUGUUGUUCGUUAAUCCACUGGGAUGUAAGACGAAGCCAGCAGGGGUGCAGGUUCUCUCUGUCACAGGUGUCUUGGCCAAGUGUCUCUCUCUCAUGGCUUUUAGCUUAACUCUAGGCCAUUUUUUCUACUGUUGGGGGACUGUCAUCGCUUUCCGAGGUAAUAACAUUGAGUAUUUUUGCAUUAUUGGUAUGCAGUUGUAUGUACUGCUAAAUUUUAUUAUUAUUUAAUUAUGUGUGUUUUAUGGAGGGGCUUAAUUUGAUCAGGAUGUCCAAUAGAAAUUGCUUUUAUUAUUAAUUGUCAUAUACACUGCACUCUUCACCAUGCAACUGUGUAGUGUGAUCAUUAAUUUGGACCAGCUUGUUGGAAAUAUGUGGAUAUGGACACAUAAUCUUUAUUAACUCCACAGAUUUUUCAGUUUGAUUCCUGUGAGUUGGUAGCUGUGAGUCAGUCUUCAUUACAGUACUGACUGAAAGCCAGGACUCCACAUGGGAUUAGAUAAUGAGGCCUUAACAGUCAUGCUUCAGUUGUAGAGCAACUUCUCACUUGUCAGUGCAAUAAUACAAAUACUAACCAGAGAAGCAGUGGUCAGAUGUUCCUAUUGAGUUACAUUGACUAAGAAAUUGAUGAAAAUGGAGAUAAAGUCACAAUGUAUAUUCUGACAUCCUUAUGACUAUGGGUCCAUCAGAAAACCGAGGUAAUGACAAUAAUAAAGAAAAGAUGAUUGGUUUGUCAGCUAUUUGAAGAAAUAUACUUGAAUUUCAGAGGAUCAAUUUUCAGAGGAUCAGUAGCUGCAGCAUUCAUUUCAAGACUUUUCUCAUGUUAUCUCAAUUUUGUAUCAGUCUGAAUUACUGCAGCACUUCUAUCCUGUUUCAUUCUUCUCUCAUAAGUGCAAGAUCUCAUUAUUUCUUCAUUGUCUCUUAGUUAUGAAUAUCUUCACUGACAGACAGAAUAAAGUUUUUUUCUCUCUCUUUUUUAUGCUGUAUAGAAAAGGUCAGAAAAGACAUAGACUAAAGUUUGUUGUGCUGUGUAGGAGACAUCAGAAAAAUAUACGUAAGAUUAGUCUUUUGUCAGUGGUAAUGUCUCUGCCUGUCACUUGGUAGGCCAAGGUUCACACUGGAUGGUAGGAGCUCAAAUCUCUCCAGGUGGAUAUAGUGAGUCAGCCACAUGACCCUGAGGGGCGUGGAUGGAUUACAUUGGUGUUUAGUCUCAUUUAGUCCUGUGAAGUGUUGCUUGUAGAGAGUUAAGCAAACUUGUGUACUGUGUCAUCUCAUUCUUAUUAGUUUUGGAUGGAGGUUCGGUUUGUGAUUUUAUAUUACUGUUAAUUUUGGGUACAGCAUUCACAGUCUGUAUUAUUUUGUUAUUUGUUAUCUAUAUAUAAAAUUUGUUUAUUUUAACUCCAUAGGCCUGUAUCCAGUGUCUUGUUAACUUUAUGAGCUCCCUGCAUAAGGUGACUAUAAGAAAAGACAUGUUUUGGUUAUUUAUCCUUGCUCUUCAUUUCUCAAAACCCAAUCAUAUAUUGUAUUUCACUUGAGGGAGUAAUGGAUCAGAAAUGUGAAGUAUAUCCUGCAGUUGUGUAUUCAUCAGAGUGGUGAGGCAUCGGCUGAGUUUGUUGAAACACUGAGCUGAUGAGAUGACUCAAUGUGUGGAGUAACAACAUACCAGUACUGCACAUGCUGGCCUCACUGUUACACUCACCGACCCCACACUGCAGAGAAGCUCCUCACUCUCAUUUAUUAAGUAUGGUAACAGCAAAUCUUGUUAACUUAAGGAGGGAGUGUCAUAAAACAAAACUGUCCAUUGUUGGCAUUUUUAUUAUUGUUUGCAUAAAUUAAAUGUUAUUACUAUUCUUAAAAGAGAGUGAUUUUUUCUGAAGUUCAAAAUAGUAAAUCUGUCUGCCAUUUGAUAUUCAUUAUUGCUGUUAUGAAUAAGAUAUAUCAGUAGUCAGCAGGCAACUUAGCACAACUUUCCACUGCUGCUACUUUCAUUACCAUUACUAGGAGCUGAAUUUGUUAGUCUAGAAGAGAUUGAGUGCUUUAAUGAGUUCAUAUUUUGUGGCAGGCUCUCAGACAAUGCAAAUGACAGUCCUUCAAAUCACCAAGUGUUACACAUAGGGUUAUAUGGUAUGCUUUAUAUUAAUGAGGUUCAUGUACUGUUGUCGUAAGAACGGUACCUUCUUUGGUUACUGCUUUGCAAUGUAACUGCUACUUUCUUCUCUUUUCCAAACGUUGUGUGUCAGCUUCCAGUGACAUGAUUUUAUUUUUGUGAUUGAGUGUUUAGUGAAGGUAUAAGGUGUAUGUGUGUGUGUGUGUGUGUGCGUGUGUGUGUGUGUUUGUGUGUGUGUGAGUGAGUGAGAGAUAUUCAAGAGAAAUUAUUAAUCACAUAUGAAGAAACAGUAUUGAGGACAGCAGCUCAGACUAGAAAGAUAUGAUAAUGUAAUGCAAUAUACUACAAGGUGGCAGGAACAACAAGAGGGAGUGUAAUGUCAGGAAGGAAAAGGUAGCAGCUAUUACUGUACCAAUUUCCAUUAUUUACACCACACCUGUAACUGGCCAAAUGACCAACAAAUCAAAGGGUCAUAUCUUCACAUGGGGAAAAUUAUCUGAAGGUGGAAUGAAUUAUUAGCUGUGAGAGGCACCAGACACAGGUAUAAAGCACAUUAUCUUAGAUAUUGGAACUGAGUUAUUGUCAUGUCCUAAGAUAAUCGUAGGGGUCUUUAUGCCUCUGGUCAUCACAGUACCAUUUACAUUGCAGUUGAAUAUAUCGAAAGUUGUGUCCUUUUUUUGAGAGUUCUUUCCAGGUUUAUAUAUUCUUUAGUUUAUUUCUUGUAACAUUUAUUUGGUCGUGUUGGAUUCAGGAGUUAAAGUGCCUGAGAGAGAGAGAGAGAGAGAGAAAAAUAGGUAAUCACUUACUGUAAUUACACAGAUGUGAAGCCAAAUUUAAACAGAAGGGUGGAAGUGUGAAUAAGUUAAUGGCAUAUGUCUGGGAAGAGGAUAUGUUUUUGUGUAGAAAGUGCCUGAGAGAAUGAGAAUGAGAUAGAGAGAGGGAACCAAAAGUUAAUGUGUAUUGAACAUGUUAACGUGGAGAAUUCGAAUAGGAGGCUGAGACUAAGUGUGAGUAGAAAAAUUUAGGUGUAGCACUGACUGAUGGAAAAGUAUAAAACAAAGAGGUAAGGUUUUAGGAUGUGAGGAUUGCAAGGAACUGUGAAAUGCACCUUUUUCUGUACCUGCCAGUUCUCCAGCAAGGUACACAUAGGAUUAGUCCAAUUUUUAGACAGUGUUGUGAUGUACUAUUUUGAAACAAUGUAAUAUGAGUGUACUGUCACGGCUGUGUAUAUAGAUAAUGUUCUCUUCCCUGAUUCAUUUGUAUUCCAUGUAUGCAGACAUCUGAUGCUUCACUCGACGGGACGGUAUUUCAGUUAUGCCACAGAAACAAUUCAAUCUGUUACUGCCUUGUAUGUUUUUAAUUCCAGUCAGAAUGUUGUGAUGUUCGUGUGAUGUUUAGCACUACGCCCAUUUUAUAGUUUCGUAUGCUUUCAUAUACGGCAGUGAGCUUUAUUUUGACAAGUUGUUUGGUGUCAAGGUGACGUCUUUGUUUCUGAGUGAUCACCUGUUGUUGUGAAGUGGUGCAGGUGACAAGGCCAGCACUCCUAUCUGCUGCACAACUCAAUAUGAUGCUUUCUUUGGUUUCUGUGCACUGUUUUCUCAUUAACUUUAGUGUGCACUUAUGUUUUACAGGGAGCAGCACCAUGUGUGUGUGUGUGUGUGUGUGUGUGUGUGUGUGUGUGUGUGUGUGUGUGUGGUCUUCCAGGUUUGUGUUUUAUUCAGCUCAUCAGUUUGUUAAUUUGUCCAGAAGAGGUAAUCAAAGUAAGUUAUUCGGUAUCUUCAUCAGGUCUGCUAUUAACUGUUCUUCUCAUGUAAUGAUGUAAUUAUUCUAUAUUAUGGUUAGGUUUAUUUGUCAUGGUUAGGCAUCUCCAUCCAUGUUGUCAUUCCAGUUGGGCAGAUGGUCAUAUUAUUUUCUUUUUCUCUUUAUUACAGAGGAGCAAAUCCUUUUAUUUGAACACCACUUUUUGUAGAUGACAUUCUGCCUCACCAAGAGUCUAAGGCAGGAGUGAUUCUUCAUAACACAAAUAGAUCAAUAUUUAUAAA